GGUUAGCUUUCAUUGCCUAGCGGACCGUCGGCGCGCGCGCACCAGACUACACACGCAGCACCCGAGUUUUUCCCCCCUCCCACGUGUGCUCUCGAGCAGGGCGGAAAGAAGUAAGCGGAAAACGGCAGAGUGGAAAAACGCACAGCAGCAGCGACAGCGUCCUACCCCUUCCCGAGCGCGGUGCGAAAAAAGCGAAAGCCCGCACACGGUUGCGAGCUUGAUCCCGCGCGCGAUCGGCCGGGGCCCCGAAGGUGACUACCGACCGUUUGCGAAUUAUUUUGCGCAGUUCCACUCGAUCCGUUCGCCCGAGCAGUAAGCGUUGGCGUAAGCUUCCGUCCCAAGCGCGGUGGUUUGCCCGGAAGCUCUUUCUUUUUGGUGAACACAGACGCGACUCGUGUGUCGGUUGUUGGUGCGGAGCCAGUAGGGUCGCUAGUAGUUAGUGGUGUGCAGUGAAGUGGUCGAGUGGCAAUCCGACCGACUGUGCGUGUGUGUGUGUGUGUAUGCGUGCGUGUGUAAGCGUCCCUAAAGUGCUCGCAAUUCCAGCAGGGCAGCAGUGACCAACGGCAGUCGUUGAUUGAGAUUGUUCCAAAAACGGAAAGCGCGUGUGGAAACGCUACACAAACAACCCGCGAAGGCUCGCUCCCGGCUCGGUGGUCGGAGUGACAAAUAGAAUUUUCUGCGUUUUUUUUUUUUCUUUUGCUUUCGGAAAAGCUGUGCUGUGUUCGUGUUGAGUAGAACGGUGUCCCAACACAUCGUUGCCUUCCUAAUUCCUAGCCAUGGCCAUAGACUGGCGAAAUCGUGUACUAUCCCUCGGGAUACUGUUGGCGCUUGCCGUGGCAGCGGAUGGCGUCCGUGUACAGCAACACACGUCCAGAAGAUUCAAAGAUGAAUCCUUCGGACACGAUCAGACACCGGCCGGCUCCUGGUGGAGCUCACACCUGACCGAGCCGCCGAGCAAGAACUUCUACCAGGCGACGCACGGACUGCUGCAGACGCACCCGUCCGUGCCGAGCCUGAAGCCGGUCGCGGGAGCGCCUGCCGCCCCGGGCCCGUCCGCCCUGCCGCUCAGCUCGCGCAAAGCACCGACCGUGUCGUCGGCGGCCGCCCUCAACAGUGGCUUUCCGUCGAUCGCCAACCCGAACCCGCGGUCGCCGUUUCGCCAUCUCGACUUCAGCACCAGCGCGACGGCCGAACUUCGGCGCAAUCCCAGUCUCUCGGCCCCGGAUGAGUGUGCGCGCGCGUGCCGCGAGGGCGAGCCGCCAAGGAUUUGCUACUACCACUUCACCGUUGAGUACUACACCGUACUGGGAGCCGCUUGCCAAGUAUGCACACCGAACGCUACCAACACCGUCUGGAGUCACUGCCAGUGCGUACUGGCCGAUGGUGUCGAGCGCGGCAUCCUCACGGUGAACCGUAUGAUCCCCGGACCGUCCAUCCAGGUGUGCGAGAACGAUCGCGUCGUGAUUGACGUGGAGAACCACAUGGAGGGUAUGGAGUUGACGAUCCACUGGCACGGUAUCUGGCAGCGCGGCACGCAGUACUACGACGGCGUACCGUUCGUCACGCAGUGUCCGAUUCAGCAGGGCAACACCUUCCGUUACCAAUGGACUGGAAAUGCGGGAACACACUUCUGGCAUGCCCAUACCGGUCUGCAGAAGCUGGACGGUCUGUACGGCAGCAUCGUCGUUCGGCAGCCACCGUCGCGCGACCCUAACUCGCACCUGUACGACUUCGAUCUGACCACGCACAUCAUGCUGGUGAGUGACUGGCUGCACGAGGACGCCGCUGAGCGCUACCCGGGCCGUCUGGCGGUGAACACCGGUCAGGAUCCCGAAUCGCUGCUGAUCAACGGCAAGGGCCAGUUCCGUGACCCGAACACCGGCUUCAUGACCAACACGCCGCUGGAGAUCUUCACCAUUACGCCUGGGCGCCGCUACCGGUUCCGCAUGAUCAACGCGUUCGCUUCCGUCUGCCCGGCCCAGGUUACGAUCGAGGGACACGCGCUGACGGUGAUUGCGACCGACGGCGAGCCGGUGCAUCCGGUGCAAGUCAACACCAUCAUCUCGUUCUCAGGCGAACGUUACGAUUUCGUCAUCACCGCUGACCAGCCGGUCGGUGCGUACUGGAUCCAGCUGCGAGGACUCGGCGAGUGCGGCAUCAAGCGUGCCCAGCAGCUGGCCAUCCUGCGCUAUGCUCGCGGCCCCUACCAGCCGGCCUCGCCGCCCCCAACCUACGACGUUGGACUUCCGCAGGGCGUCGUCAUGAAUCCGCUCGACGCUCAGUGCAACGUCCAGCGGGACGAUGCCAUCUGUGUGAGCCAGCUGAAGAACGCCAAGGAGAUUGACCGGGCGCUGCUGCAGGAGAAGCCGGACGUGAAGAUUUUCCUGCCGUUCCGCUUCUACCUCUACCGCCCGGAGGAACUGUUCCAGCCGAACACGUACAACCGUUUCCUGGUCGCCCCGACCGGAGAUCAUGUCAUUUCGCUGAUUGACGAAAUUUCGUACCUGUCCGCGCCGGCCCCACUGCUGUCCCAGUACGACGACAUUAACCCGGAGCAGUUCUGCAACGGUGACAACCGGCCGGCCGACUGCGGUGCCAACUGCAUGUGCACGCACAAGGUCGACAUUCCGCUCAACGCCAUCGUGGAGGUCGUUCUUGUCGACGAAGUCCAACAACCGAAUCUGAGCCAUCCGUUCCAUCUGCACGGUUACGCGUACAACGUGAUCGGUAUUGGCCGCUCACCGGACUCGAACGUCAAGAAGAUCAACCUGAAGCACGCGCUCGACCUCGAUCGGCGCGGUCUGCUCCACCGGCAGUACAAUCUGCCCCCGCUCAAGGACACCAUUGCCGUGCCGAACAACGGAUACGUCGUGCUGCGAUUCCGUGCCGACAAUCCAGGAUUCUGGCUGUUCCACUGUCACUUCCUGUUCCACAUCGUGAUAGGAAUGAACCUGAUCCUGCAGGUCGGCACCCAUGCCGACCUUCCGCCGGUGCCACCGAACUUCCCCACGUGCGGUGACCAUUUACCACCGAUCAACUGAGGCCCUCGCCGUCAUCGGCCAGGCGUAGGACAGUAGGAGACGAACCCCUCAUUCUCUCUCGCACUGUCUGACGCAACGAAAGAAAUAACCACACAACAUACCACAGGGAAUUCAAACCACGUUAAUAAGCUCAUAUCGUUUUUUUUUUUAAUUCGCUUUUCGUAAAGCGUGCGAAACGGGGAACGCCCGUGUCCCUUGUUCGACGCGACCCGAUCGCCUUUCUUUAAUAUUAUUCUCUUCCUUCGUCGUGUCGUCUUGUACGUACAAACCACAACAGGGGCAUGGUUGUACCUUUUUUUCCCCCGCCCAUUCUAAGCCAUUCCCUUAUCUUGAACAGCUUAACUGCCUCUGGGAGCGAAGAAUGGCACAAUUUCUUCCGCUUCCUUUGAACAAAAAAAAAACCAUGAAAAUACUCUCUGUCACCCACCAAACAAUGGCGGACGCAGGCGGUGGGACACGCGUUGUCGUGCUGCCUCGAUCGCCCUACACAAGGUGGGGACAGAAUCAUUAUUAUCCCUAUGUUUUCUUUUUGUGUACUUCGACUACGUACUCCAUACUUGAAUGCGCGCCUACUACUUUUUUCACGUACGAGAGUUUUAUUUUUCAUGUUGUAAUUUAUAGCGCCAAGCUUUCCAGUGUUUAAGUAAAUUAAUUGUAGAUAGAAAUAGAACAGAGAGGGAGAGAGAGAGAAAGUGAAAACGAGGUGGCCCGCGUGUGUGGGGCGAAGUGCAGAGUGAUGAGGUAGGCAGAGUUCUCGUGCCCUGCUGCACUCUCAUCACUCUGCGCGCUCCUCCGAGGCGCUGGUUCAAAGGAAGUCAAAUGGGGCAGAGACAAGUAAGCAGAAACAAUGCUAGUUUUUCUGAAUGUUUGAUUGCAUUUCAACACGGGGGUCGGAUUGGGAGUCAAGCGCCAUUAAAAACAUGCAGCGCAAAAACACAGCCGACACAUUAAUAAUAACCGGCAAGCAAGAAUUACAGGAAGGAGAAGAAGUAGUAAACAACAACACCAACACAUUUCCUGCUGCAAAGGUUUCGUUUGUUGCCAUAUUUGUUUGCUAUUGUUGAUUGUUGUUACCGAUUGUUUGUUUCUGUUUUUUUCUUGUAUCAUCUGUUUAUCUCUCUCUUGUUCACAUUUUACUAUUUUUUAUAUUUUUGUUUGUUUUUUUUCAUCAUUUUUUGGUUUCUUCUGUAGUUCUUUUUUACUUUACUUUUUAAUAUCGAUUUGCUAUUGACUUUUCUGUUAUACUCUAUUACUUUUUUUCUACAAAAUCUGUUUCUUUUUUUCUAUUUCUAAACAAUUUUACCAUAGCAAAUGAAACAAACAAGAGCCUUGCACGGGUAAAUGUUGGCACUUCUUCCUCUCGACUCCCAGGUGCGGUACAGAGAAUGGUUACAAAAAAAAAGAAAGAUAAGAACAACACCCCCCCUACUCCUCUCCUUACCACCCCUCGUUCACAAGGAUUCGAUGGUUAGUUUGUAAAUAUUUGAUAAAAAAAAAAAACAAAAACACAACAAAAUACUCUGCGGCUUAGAAGCGAACGAUAAAGUGCGGUUCGGCCUGCAUCAUACAAUCCCCGUCGUCGUGCAUCCACCAAACUCAUGCAGUACAAUCCGUUACAUUUUCCUCCCCCGUUACAACGAAUCAUAAUGGCAUACAUUCUGCUCCUCUCCACCCUUUCGCUCCACUCCAAAACAAACAAGAAUAAUAAAACGAAGGGUAAAGUUUAACAUUACAUUGUAAAUACUCAUAGCCUCGGCCUGUGUUAGCAGACGCUAUACGCGCACCCACACAUAUAUCAUACCACUACUCCCCCUCCGUUGACCAUCUAAAUUUCCCUAUGUAUUAUAAAUGUUUUUCUCUUCAGGAUUUCAUCCACGAUUUUUUUUUUUGUACACAUAUUUUGAUUUGUUUAAACUUUUCGCUUUCCCUCUCUAUCACCCGUGAGUGAAGUGAUGAGAAGAACGUCACACUCAAUCGCUAUGCAAAAAACCCCUAUCAUGGUGCGAUUUUCACAGCCCAACACUGGAUACAUAUAUGUGUGUAUGCCACCACACACCUCCUCCUAUCAUUUUCCACCAUUACUUGGACAGACAAAGCCACAAAAACGGCAGCCCGCACCCACACACGCUAUCGUAUACAAUGGAUUAUAUAUUAAAUAAAAUUAAAAUAAAUCUACUGUUAAUGAAAAGUUCAAACACAACCUGCUACACCGUCCAACCCUCCUCCUCCUCCUCCCCCCUAAAGCGCAUUUGUGGAAAACACACCCGGCGCGAGUAAAACCAACUAAAGCAUAGCACGAUCUGCCAACUAUUAAAGAAAGUUUUUUUUGUAAAAAAUAUGUA